AUCUCUGCCAAUUUUCCCGCUAAAUUUUGGUCGCUUUCGCGCCAAAUUUUCCUGGUCGAGUCGCCAUCUCGUCUCCAUUGAUAUUUGAAAAUUUCCACCAUGUAUCGUUAUCAAUGUUCAAUAAAAGGGCACAUAAAAUAAACUUACUUUUUUGAAAUGUUUCAGAUUUAGACAUAUAAUAUGGCGACUGUCAGUAUCCCAGACAGGAAUGGUGUCGGACAACGCCUGGCUGUAGGUUGGGGUGUGGGGAAUGUCCUGGCGCUAACCCCGACACAGAAACAAUCACCUGCUGACACCAGACAAGAAGCCAAUGAUCCAGUAGAGGUUCAUGAGGUGAGAUGGGAAACUGUUCUCUAUCAGCCUAUCUUCAGAAAGCUCGUCAAUGAAUCUGUUUCUACGUUUCUCGGACUUCAAGCUCUAUGUCAGGGAGAAGGAAAUAUUCCAACAGAUCAACUCGUUAAGAUAUCAAGACAGUACAGGAGCAUAAUCCGAGACUGCGAGGAGCAGCUAAAUACACUCUCAGAGACUAGUUCAGCUGCUGCGGCUGCCCACUAUACUGCCCAGUCAGAAAUGCUGUAUAAACUUGAAUUGAUUUGGAAUCUUGCGGAGAUACUCAUCAUAGAUACUCGUCCAGGUGGAUUCGUCAUGAACCAGCUUCUCCAUUGGAUAGGUCUGCAUUUUAAAGAUUGCGAGGAUGGAGCUAGAUCGGUUAUAUCGGAGAGCCCAGAUACCCCAGAGGAUCAUGUUCUCUACUGGAGUUCUCUGCAGGAGUUCAUUCUUCAAGGGGGAAUGGAUCCGGCUCGGAACCUACUCCGUCUUCACUCGGACUUCAGCUCAGACAUGUUCAUAUCACUGGACGAACUGUUGAGGAAGAUGCCGGUGUGCACCCCCGGGGGGAACAUGGUGGACUUCGAGAUGAAAUGGAGGAACUGGCAGGUAGAGGUAGUUGGUAGAGUACAGGCUGGUGACUAUGCUGUAUACCCUGAACUAGAUCAUAUCGCCCAGAUAUUGGCGGGCAGCGAGGACGCUCUCAAUACAGUAGCGGACAGAUGUGAGACCUGGUACCAGUGGAUGGUUUACAGACUGCUCUACAUGAACCCAACUGUUAAAGGUUAUGAUCUCAGUAUUUACGCCCAGCAGGCAAUGGACAGAUUUGGAGGUUUGCAGUCGAUGACUAGCUUGGAUUCAGUUCUUCUUGGUAUCAUAGAACUAGAUAUUCCAGAGGUUAUCAGAGAGCUGUGUUUGACCUUGGAUAAUUUCUGGUUUCCCGCUCAUCUUCUUGAUCUCCUCCAGCACACAGGGGUAUUGAGUACAGAAUCUAGGAAUAGUUCUCUUGGCGCAGGUCUCAGGGAGUUCCUGGUUCUCGACUACGCGACCUGUUUGAUGUCUCACAACUCACUCUGGCAGCUUGGAGUCCUGUACUUCGACCAUUGUCCUGUUCAGGGAAAGCAGAGACUAGAGGCAAUGUUGGAAAGAAUCCCGUUAACCAGUGAUUACAAGGCUGGUAAGAUCCUUGAAAUUGCCGGAGAACGCGGUCUUCAUACAAUCAUCACUUCAACAUGUAAAGUAAGUUUUAUAACUCAUUGA